AUGAAUCUAAAUGUCUGUCUGAUCAUAGGUAGUUUGUGUGAAGUCAUUGUCACCAUGGCCUGGAGUACCAACAGCACCAAACUGGACAACAUCACCUUGUCCCUGUUCCAGAACGCAACAGCCAGCACAGCUAUCUCCAUCAUCUACAUCGUGGUCACCGCCAUCAACCUGACAGGAAACGGCCUCUCCAUGUGGCUUCUCCUCUUCCGUACCUCUCCCAAAACUCCCUCCAUCAUCUUCAUGAUCAACCUGACCCUGACAGACCUGGCCUUGGGCCUCGUCCUGCCCUUCCAGAUCAUGUAUCAGAUGCAGGGGUAUAACUGGAGCCUGGGCCCGGGCAUAUGCAGGUAUUCUUGUUUAUUUAUUUUAUUAUAAUUUAUUUAUCCUGAUCAGUCCCAUUGAGAUAGAUGUGUCUUUUCCAUGCCCUGAGCAAGAGCCAACAACUUUAUUUUGUCACAGAUGAAUAACGAUUAAAUAUAUUCUGAUCUUCCACAGGCUCCUGACCCUGGUGUUCUUUGCCAACAUGUACUGCUCAAUUCUAACUAUGACGGCCAUCAGUGGAGACCGCUACCUGGGCAUCUGUUGGCCCAUGCUCUUCCGUGAGACCAGGGAAAGGAAGUCAUUCGCUGUGAUCGGCUGCUUGGCCAUGUGGACAGUCGUCCUAUCUGUCCUGUACCCACUCAUGACAACCGACCUGACGUUCCACGUUCCAGAACUCGGGAUCACCACCUGCUUUGACGUUCUGAAGAGGGACAUGCUUCCAUCAAUGGAGGCCUGGGCUGCCUUCCUCCUUGCCCUGUUUGUCAUCCUCUUCCUCAUCCCGUUCUGCAUCACUGUGUUCUGCUACGUUGGCAUCAUCCGCAAGCUGGCCCGAGUUUCCAAGACCAACCAGAAAGAGAAAGCUAUACGUCUCGCCGUCACCGUCCUAACGGUCUUCACGCUUUGCUUCGCUCCCAACAACAUCCUCCUCCUGGCUCACACCAUCCGGAGGCUCUUCUACGGGGACUCCCUCUACAUGGCCUACAAGCUGACUCUCUCCCUCAGUUGCCUCAACAGCUGCCUCGACCCUUUCAUCUACUACUUUGCCUCUAGGGAGUUCCGUCAAAAGCUGAGGCAGAUGCUAAGGCUGAGAACACUGAGCAGUCUGGACACAGGGAAGACAGACCCGCACCGAGAGAGCUUGUACUCUGCCCAGUAUGUGUCUGGGGGUCAGGGUGGAGAGAACAGAGUUUCUGUUAAACAACACUGUUAAAAAAC